AUGUCCGAUCCCAUCGUCGUCGACGUAGGGCCGGUACAGGUUCGUCUUUCGCAGUUAAGAUACUUCACCUACACCAUAAUCGGGGUGGGUCUCCUUUGGCCCUGGAACUGCUUCCUUUCCGCCGCGGGCUUCUACGGCCACCGCCUCGACGACGCGCCGUUUUUGGCCAAGAUAUACUCGAGCACGAUGAUGCUGGUGCUGACGGUGACGCUGACGAUUGCCAACGUGGUGUUAGCCCGCAAGCAGCGCGGAGCCAACUACGAUAAGCGGAUUAAAGUGGGGUUCGCCAUUACUACUGUUGUAUUUGUGAUAAUGGCCCUCACGUGUGUGAUUCCUGCCGCAAUCAGAAUGGCCAGUCCUCUCUUUUUUGUCGGGCUUAUGGUGAUGGUGUGGUUGCUGGCAGUGGCCACGGCGAUGUCGCAGAACGGGACGAUGGCCACCGCUAAUGUACUCGGUCCCAUUUACGCCAAUGCGGUGAUGGUGGGUCAGGCAGUGGCCGGUGUAUUACCGGCUACGGCUCUCAUUUUGUCCAUUUUCAUUACGGGAGCGCAUAAACAACCCGCUGGUGGUGACGACCGUGAUUUUGGAGUGUUCCUCUACUAUUUGACGGCGCUGGUGAUUGCGGUGGCGGCGGUGGCGCUUUUAGUGUACUGCCAACGCCAUGGCGACCACGAGAUGUACCAGAGACUUACGGCGAUGGUAGAAGGCGACGAUAUUGAGGACUCUACCGUGGUGGAAGAGCCCCAGGUGGAAGUACCAUUCUCAGUACUUUGGGCGAGACUCCACUACAUCGUAUUGGCAAUUUUCUUUACGUUUGCCGUGACCUUAGCAUUCCCCGUGUUUGCCCUGUCAGUCACGCUGGUUCGCCCGGAGCCACGUCUGUUUUUAUAUACCGACCAAGUGUUUAUUCCCUUUGUGUUUUUCAUGUGGAACAUUGGCGAUUUGGCCGGGAGAGUGCUCUGUGGCUACCCGCGCGCCCGUAUGCUUAUCACCGAUCCCAAGUUGCUCUUCUGGUACUCUUUAGCCCGGUUUGGCUUUAUCCCGUUGUUCUUCACUGCCAACUUGAACGGUGCCGGCGCCGUGAUCAAACUGGACUGGUGGUAUUUGUUGCUCCAAUUUCUUUUCGGGUUGAGUAAUGGUCAAUUGGCCACGCUGAGUUUCAUGGUGGUGGGUGAUCACUGUAAGAGUGAAGAGGAAAAGGAAGCUGCGGGUGGUUUCACGACGAUUUUCUUGAGUGUGGGGUUAAUGGUGGGUUCCCUUCUCUCCUACUUGUUGGUGUGGAUGAUCCAAUGA